GCUCCCCACUCCGUCCGUCGAACAUUUGCCAUGUCGAACAAAGUUGAAGGUGAUGGUAAGGAACCAGUGAAUGAGCAGGCAAUUGCCAACAUAUAUGGCAACAUGAGGUCUGAAAUCAACCAACUUCACUCAAAAAUUACAGAAUUGGAGAUGGAAGUGAGCGAGCACUCUUUGGUGAUUGGAGCCAUACAGCCACUUGAUCCAUCCAGGCGAUGCUACUGGAUGAUUGGAGGUGUGCUGGUGGAGAGAACCAUCAAGGAGGUCCUACCAGCAGUCCAGCGUAACAAAGAGGGUCUUGAGGAGGUGAUUUCUCGGCUAAAUGAAGCCUUGGAAAAGAAGAAAAAGGAGAUUGCUGAAUUUGAAGCAAAAUAUGAAAUCAGGAUAAGAAAAUCAGAUGGUGAGGUGAAAGAUGAUGGAGGUCGGAAGGAAGGUUCUGCUCAAGGAGUUCUUGUGGGUCCUGCGGGUGCUAAGAAUGAAUAAUCAAUUGUAUUGAGUUUUUUGUCUGAUGAAUUAUUUUAUUUUUGUUGAAAUGAAAUUUUGGUUGAA